AUGACGAAGCUGGAAGACUGUUUGGAAGGCAUUAUCAAUGUUUUUCACCAGUACUCAGUGAGGGUGGGCCAUUUUGACACCCUUUCUAAGAAUGAGAUGAAGCAGCUGAUCACAAAAGAACUUCCAAACACCCUCAAGAACACUAAAGACCAAGGUGCCAUUGACAAGAUAUUCCAAGAGCUGGAUUCUGAUAAAGAUGGACAGGUCAACUUUGUAGAGUUCAUUGUCCUGGUGGCCAAAGUGCUGGAGACUGCCCACGAAAAUAUCCACAAAGAGUAA